GCGGUAAGACGAAUUAUUCAGUGUAUUGUGCGUUACAUUUUACUCUAUCCAUCCACUGUGAGUGUAAUUGAAUCGGUAGUGAGGUUUAUGUAGGAGCUAGAGUGCUCUGCUUGAAAGUUUUGGCGCCAAGCGUAACGGUUGGUGUACACAAAGAGUAAUCGCUUACCAAGACUGUUAGUUUAUUACUUACCGCUACACCAGUGGACCUGAGGAUUAAUUAAAACAAUUUUCGAAAGUUUCACGCAUUUAUUCAUCGAAUAUAAAGUUUUACGCACGACAAAAUGGAAAAGCGAGUAGCCCACCAGCGUGGGAAUGUUGAUAAAUUUAUCGCUUACUGUGAGUCUGUGGUGAAUAUGCCUCAACCGAAUAUCACCAAGGGUUAUUUAGAGGCGAAGACAAAAAUUAUCAGCGAAUUUUGGGCCAAGUUGGACAAGGAGAAUGACGAAAUAUUAAGGGAAAUUGAGGAAGAAGAGAUGGUGUCGAAGUAUUUCACACAGAGAGAGUUCGAGAAAGCAUUUACGGCGUACGACAAGGUGACCGUCAAGAUUCAAUCUAAAUUGGAAAAAUUUGAAGGUCCUGGUCCUCAAUUGGGUCCUAUAACAUUCCCUGAAAAUGUAACUGUAAGAUCCAGCGAAGGAGAUACGAAAUUGAAACUGAAACCAAUAGACGUCCCGAAAUUCUUUGGAGAUUACAAGAAGUGGAUUUCAUUCAGAAACAUGUUUGAUUCGAUGGUCCACAAGAAUGAGAAGUUCAGCGGUCUCGAGAAAAUGCACUAUUUGAAGACGUGUCUAGGAGGAGAAGCUGAAGAUAUUUUAUCGCAAUUCGACAUCACGGAGGAGGCAUAUCCAGAAGCCUACAAGGUGAUAACGAGCCGUUACCAUAAUGAGGUGAUAUUGGUGGAUACACACAUAAUGGAUUUGUUAUCGCAACCGAAGCUGAUGUCAGAGUCAAGUGAUGCUAUUAAAGGAUUAUUGGAUGGUACGGAGAGAAAUUUGAGAGCUCUCGAAUGGUUGAAAAUCGAUGUAUCAACGUGGGAUCCCAUUUUACUGCUACUAUUGGUUCAAAAAUUAGAUAGAGCUACGAGGCGAUUAUGGGAGCAGACGUUAAAGCCGAAAGUUAGACCUUCUAUGAAGGAAUUUCUCGAAUUUUUAGAUACGAGAUUUCACGCGCUGGGUUGCCAGCAGGUUUUUAAUUUUUCGAUCGAAUCAACGGAUAACUAUCAGCCGAGGUAUAAAAAAUUCAAAAAGAGCUCAGGAAACGAGCACAGUUUCAAUCCCGAAGAGCCGUUCCCGCCAAGAGUUCAUCAAAAUUUCCAUAACUCUUCUCAACCUAAACAGAGAAAUUGUCCUUUCAAUUGUGGCGAAGCCCACCAAGCAUCAGAUUGUGAGAAUUUCCAGAAAUCAAAUUUAGACCAGCGAUGGAGCUGGGUCAACGGAAAUAAGUUGUGCAAAAACUGUUUGAAAGGUCACCUUGGAAAAUGUUCGUUAAGGCCAGGUUGUCAGAAAUGCGGAAAGUAUCACCACACUUUACUGCAUGUGGAGUCAUCAAAGAAUCCUACAGUCGCCGCUUCAACGGGUAAUAGCCACGCUGGGCGGCAAGGAAAUAAUACUGAGAUUAGGAAUCAUCACACUAAUGUGCAACAAGAGCUUAAUCAAUUGCAACAGCGAAACGAAAUCGAGAGUGUGGAUCGUGUUGUGUGGGACGAACCGAUUAUGUUGGCAACGGCAAUAGUGCUGAUACGAUCAUUACGAGAUAAUCUCUUUUAUCCGUUCCGGGCACUUCUAGAUCAAGCUAGUACAGCAUCUUACGUUUGCGAAAAUGUGGUACAGUUUCUAGGGCUACAGAAACAACCAGUUAUUGCGUCGACUAGUGGUCUGGGAGGUGUUACCACAGGCAACAUAAAGUCUAUCGUUGAAUUCGAGCUAGGAUCGAAGCGCAACCACUCGUUCAGCAUGUUAACUCAAGCGCCAGUAACCAAAAAGAUCACAAGUCCAUUACCGUCAACGAUCUUGCGGAAAGCUGAAUGGGACCACAUCAAGGAUUUGCAAUUAGCAGACCCCGAAUUCAAUGUACCUGCGAAAAUAGACUUACUAUUAGGUGCACCGGUUUAUGGAUAUUUGCUAUUACCAGGACUGAUUAAAUCGUCACCCAUGUAUCCGGUUGCCCAGAACACUGAAUUCGGCUGGAUAUUAUCAGGAGCCACGAGACCUCAAGAUCCAGUGCAGCACAAGAUCACCAAUUUCCAUCUGAAACUAGAAUUAGAAGAUCAACUAAAGAAAUUUUUUGAUCAAGAAGAGGUGUCAAAGGAACGGAUUUUAACGCAAGAGGAAGUUCAAUGUGAGAAAAUUUUCGAGGAGACCGUACAAAGGCGAGAUGAUGGCAGGUUCGUUGUGGCUUUGCCGUUUAAAGGAAAUCCGAAGUCGCUAGGUGCGUCAAAGGGGCAAGCAUUUUCGCGUUUAAUGAAAUUGGAAUCGAGAUUCAAGGCCAACCAGGAAUUACAAGAAGAGUACGUUAAAAUUCUCAAAGAAUACGAAGAAUUAGAACACACAUCGGUUAUAGGCGAGUUAGAUAAAUCGACAGAGUCGACAAGUUAUUACCUUCCACAUCAUGCAGUGUUUAAACCAGAAUCGACGACAACGAAAACUAGAGUGGUGUUCGAUGCUUCGGCAAGGACGACAAGUGGAUUGUCUCUCAACGAUUUACUGAUGACGGGGCCCACACUUCAACAAGAUCUGAUGUCAAUAUUGCUAAGAUGGCGAACACAUCGUAUAUCAAUUAUGGCUGACAUCGCAAAGAUGUACCGGCAAGUAGUGGUGAGAAAGGAGGAUCGGAAAUACCAAAGAUUUCUGUUCAGAGAGAAGAUAAGGGAUCCGAUUUUGGAAUAUGAACACAACAUGGUCACGUUUGGCAUAACCGCGGCAACGUACUUAGCAGUGAAGGCAUUACAGUACCUGGCGAAAAUCGAAAAAGAUAAUUACAAAGAAGCGGCCGAAGUCGUUAUAAGAGAUUUUUACAUGGAUGACUGCAUGUCAGGAGCCGAUACAGUUCAGCAAGCAAUUCGGUUGUGCAAAGAUUUGAAAGAGUUAUUGGCCAAAGCUCAGUUUCCAUUACGGAAGUUUGUAUCUAAUUCCGCUGAAGUACUGGAGAGUCUGCCAGAAGCAGACAGAGAAUUGAAAUUGCCGUUGGAAAUAAACCUCGACAGUAAUAUAAAGACAUUAGGGAUCCGAUACGAACCCACAACGGAUGUAUUCAGGUUCAAGGUGAAUCUAGAAAAAGCCAAGAUACCACCAACGAAGAGGAGCAUGUUAUCAGAAACAGCUUCCUUGUUCGAUCCAUUAGGAUGGCUAGCUCCUGUAAUCGUCAGAGCUAAAAUUAUGUUCCAAGAUUUAUGGAAAGAAGGAUUAGACUGGAAGCAGGAAUUACCUAAAAAUAUAGCUAGUGUUUGGACAGAGUUCAGAAACGAAUUGCAUCAGUUGGAGAAUAUUCAAAUCAACAGAUGGAACCAUUUUGGCGCAGGAGUAAAGAAAAUCGAGAUUCACGGUUUUUCUGAUGCAUCAGAGAAAGCUUAUGCUGCGGUUAUAUAUUCUAGGGUCGUCAAUCAAAAUGAUGAAAUACAUAUCACAAUGCUGACUUCAAAGACUAGAGUCGCACCAAUCAAACAAAUAACGUUGCCACGCCUCGAAUUAUGUGGAGCGGUACUGUUGACGAAUCUAAUUGAAAACGUUCAAAGGGCAUUAGGCACGAAUAACGAAAAUGUGCAUGCAUGGACGGAUUCGACAAUAGUAUUAGGAUGGUUACGAACAGAUCCAGCCAAAUUAAAAACAUUUGUAGCAAACAGGGUCGUCGAAACACAUAAUGUGUUGAACAUUAAUCAAUGGCAUCACAUCGAAGGGACGAAAAAUCCAGCUGAUUGUGCCUCGAGAGGUAUAAGUCCAGGAGAACUAAAAAAUCACAAAUUAUGGUGGGAAGGAGCGGAAUGUUUAAAGGAACACAGAGAAUCUUGGGAACAAAAUUUACAAUUGCCACCAGUUACCUUAGAAUUGAAGAAGAAAGUCGUGUCAACAUUCGUGAUAACACCUCAUAACGAUUUCGAAGAUUUAUUCACGCGAUAUUCCAGUUUUAGACGUUUGAUACGAGUAACUGCGAUUUGUUGGAAGUUCGUGGAAAAUAUACAAGCUACAAGGGAAGUACGAAUAGCGACCCUUUGCUUAACGUUCGUAAACAAAUUACUGGAGAAAAGAAAAGGGAUGCAGUUGACCGUAACCGCAGAAGAUUUAAGAAGAGCAGAAUUGCGUCUAAUUCGUUUACAUCAAGGAAAGGAAUUUUCCAGGGAACUGCAUCAUUUAAUGAAGAAAGAAAACAUAAAUCCGAAGAGCAAGUUGCUGCCGUUAAACCCUUUCGUAGAUUCUAAUAAUUGUCUACGAGUUGGAGGACGUUUGGAAAAUGCGAAUAUUGAUUACGAUCGGAAACAUCCUCUCAUCAUAUCAGCAGGUGGUCUCGCUAAAUUAAUAAUCGCGGAUAUGCACGAAGAGACAUUGCAUGGAGGAACUCGUUUAACAAUGAAUAUGGUAAGGGAGAAAUACUGGAUAAUCAAUUUAAGACGACAAGUCAAGCAGUGCGUGUUGAACUGUGUCAAAUGUUGCCGGUACAAUCAAAGGAUGGGAGAGCAGAUCAUGGCUGAUUUACCACCUAAUCGAGUCACAGAAUCGAUGAUUUUCGCCGAGACGGGUUUGGAUUACGCGGGACCGUUUAAUAUCAAAGCAUCCAACGUGAGAUCCCCCCCAAUACGCAUAAAGCCAACAGUCGUAAAUGGAGAAGUGAUAAAAUCGAUACCGAAGAUUCCUGUUUAUGAAGGAUAUAUCGCACUUUUCAUCUGUUUUGCUACGAAAGCUGUACAUCUCGAAGUGGUUAGUGAUCAGACAACGGAAGCAUUUUUGGCGGCUUUUGACCGUUUCAUUAGUCGGAGAGGCACACCAGAACGCUGUCAUUCAGACAAUUCGAAGACAUUCAUUGGAGCCAAGAAUGUACUAGCAGUUGAAAGCGAACAGUCAAUGUUGGAUUACAAUCAAGUGAUUAAUCAUGCGGCAGACAAGGGCAUCAAUUGGUCGUUCAUCCCACCUAGAGCACCUCAUUUCGGUGGUAUAUGGGAAUCAAACAUCAAAUCCAUGAAGCACCAUUUGAAGCGAGUGAUCGGUGACAUCACGUUAACGUAUGAGGAGCUGUCAACUGUUCUGACGAAAGUUGAAGCUUGUUUAAAUUCGAGACCGAUGUGUCAAUUGAAUGAUGAUCCGAACGAUUUGAGUGUGUUGACACCCGGGCAUUUUUUGAUCGGUAGACCGUUGAAAGCCAGACCGAAAGGAAUAAUGGGGGCUAAAGGAGUCGGAGUGAAAGAAAGAUGGAACGUGGUUCAGAGAAUUUACAGAGAUUUUUGGGAUGCAUGGAGUAAGGAAUAUUUGAAUCAGUUGCAACACCGUCCGAAAUGGCAAGGUCAGAAGAAGAAUUUCAAAGAAGGAGAUGUAGUUCUACUGAAAGAAGACAACAUAGCUCCUACGAGAUGGCCGUUAGCACGAGUAGUAAAAGUUCACUCGAGCUUGGAUAAAAAUGUUCGAUCGUUAAAUUGUGUCCGCUACCCAUGGACGGAAAUGAACCGUUGAGUGAGGCCACUAAGAACCCACCGACUGUUCCGAGUCAUUAAGCAAUUUCUAACAACAAAAACAUUAAAAUUAAGUGAGAGACUGAUGUGUGAAUGGAUGGAUAGAGAGUGAACAUGAACUAGUGAUAAAGAUUGAGACAAUAGUGAUAAGGACACGAUAAACCAAUUGGAACUUAAGAAGAAAAAUAAUUCCGUCUUACCGUAUUGAUGACCGCACAUUAACGUUCAGCCAGGCAGUAUUCAGAUCCAGAUGCAUAAAGUUCCAGUACCUUUAAGAGGGCCGUUUUAUAUCCCUAGUAUUGCCCAAUCAUCGUCAUUAGGGUGAUGCAAAAGGGAAGUUAAAGAAAAUUUCAUUUCACAAUUCACAUGAUGCUUACCGCAUAACACAUUUUCAAUAGAUUUGGUAGUAGCUGCAGUUUCAUAUUCCAAUGGUGGUAGGCAGCCGGGCAGUCAAUUAUUCCACUGGUCCAGACGAUCAACAAUUUAAUCAAUUGGUCCAGACGAUCAUCCGUUGGUCCAGCCGAUUAGCCGUUGGUACAGACACCACAUUUAUUGACGAACACUUCUGGGGAAAUACAAUCAACUAAAGAAUCACAUAUCAUCAUAAUGUUAGGAUCCACUUAUCUGAAGCACAAGCAGACGAAACAGUAUUCCAAAUUUCAGCAAUAGUCCCGACAUAACCUCAUUAAUGGCUACCACGAAAAGAAGUUUUUUUUUUUUUUUUUUGUCGCGCAAUUUGAUUACACGCAGGUUAAUUAGCUCAGUUUAAUAAUUUAACGUAAAGGAGCGCAUUUGGAAAUCAAUUGAAGUUAAUUGCACGAUUUAGUUUAAAGGAAAAUCACUGGACACUUCACAUGAUAAUAACGACGCGUUGCAACAUGGUCAACUGACUGACAGCUGUUUAGAUCUAGGUCACCGACACGUAUUAAUUGUAUAAAAAAAAUUUGGACGUUUGAUUGGAUGCACACUAACUUGUAGUUGUGCGAUUGUUGUUGAUUCUGUCAUUUUAAGAACUUUCAAAUCACAUCGUUUCGGGCUGGUUUCAACCGGGGUCGACUCGGCCAGUUGUUGCGAUGGCGAUUUGAAAUGUUCAAAUUUUAUAGCGUCGAGUUUAGUUUAAACAUAAAUGUUUCAAGUCGGGAAGUGGUUCCGAAACCGUUCGGUAAUGUUUGAAUGAAAGUGUUAUACUUUGUGAACUAACUGAUAGAAGAGCCAUCUAGCACUGAGUUUGUAAAUCGGCAGGUGAACUUUGAACAUAUAAGCGCGAAUGACUAUUAUGUAUAGUGUUAUGUAUAUAGGUUACAACGGAGGUUCAAUUAGUUUUAAGAUUCAUUCUGUUAUAGCAUCCAGUAGAUGUAAGAUAGAAACGAAUAAAUAUUGUAACUAUAGUCGAA